AUGUCAGAGGUCUUCUGCUUAAGUAAUCAGCAUGCCUGCUCCAGCCUACUGUCUGCCCAGACAUCAAGGACUUCAGCACCCUUUUGUGUGAAAUGUGGGAUAGUUAAACCAUACCGAGUUCUUAUCCUCAUCUGCAGUUUCACUGGUUCUGCCCUUCUGUGGUGGGCCUUGAACCUCUCAACCUGGGUGAAGAUAGAAAACUCACACCAAUCCUUCUUCAGUGCUCUCUUUGCAAUAUGCAGUGGUGAGAUCAAAUGUUGGGCUCUACCAUCAAAAUCAAACUACUACAUAUUUGGUCAAAUUUUCAUGAUCAGCGCCCUUCUUCUCUCCUUCUUCCUGAGCUUUAUACUCCUGGCCUUCCCGCAUUCCUUUCCUGAUACCCGGAAACAGUACUUCAUCUUCACAACCACCUUCUUCAUCAUAGGUAUCUGUGUGUUCCUUGCACUACUACUGCAUUAUCUGUAUAUUUUGAAAACAACUAACCUUUAUAAGGACAUGAAAAUCACCUUUCUCUACCCCUCGUUCCUCCUUAUAUUCAGCACCAUACUGUUUUUCUUAUCUGGAUUUCUCUGCUUGUGCAGCACCCAUCAUUGUUGGCUCCAGUGUGUCUUAGUGCAACCAAUCCAAGUGAAACCCAUGCAAAUAUCAGUGGACAAUGGGAACUCAGUCACAGAAGGGAUACCUGGGAGAGAUGGCUAG